CUUUUUAAAGCCACCAUGGAUCAACAAGGCAUCGGGAUGAGUAGGACGCAAUUCCUCAUCAUCAACGGUCCUCUUGUCAUUUUCUGCCUCGUCGUGAACAUCUUUUUUGUGUUUUGCUUGGGAUGCCCACAAAGCAACGACAAAGGACUCAAGCAGCCUUUGAAGUUACUCUUGGAAUUUCUCAGCUGGUGUUCUAUUUUAUAUCUGAUCUUGUUAGUGGUGAACUGGUCCUUGACGUUUGGGAACUUCAACAGACUAUAUAUAGUGCUGUGGUUUAUAUUGCUGUUCUAUGUGCAUAACAGCAUGAGCGCCUAUGUUUGGCUCACCUUCUACUAUUUCACCCAGAUUGUCCCUGCACGGCACGCUCUGUUUGUUUGGUUGAGGAGGAACAUCAAGGUGACCAUUUUCAUGGCUGUGCUUCUUGAUUUCCUGGUUGUUUUUUACAACUACGCUCUGGAAACUGCACAUUUCCUAAUUAACUGGCCUCUGCUGAUCAAUGACAACCUCACUCUGACGCUGAUUACGAUUCACUCCAAUUCUCAUACGACAUUUUUAAGCUUAGUCGGUUUCAUUAUCGGCAAGGUUUACAUGAUGACCACUUUAUGUAUCAUGAUCAUUUCAAGCUUUACCACCCUCAGAUACCUGCACGGUCACAUGAGAAAGCUGGAGAAGAGUGGUAUUCCAGUCUCUGCUUCAAGACUGCGCAGUCGAUUAAGAGUCACCUUGCUCGGGAUUUGUCAGAGUGUUAUCUUCUUUAGCUGUAUGACUUUUAAUUUCAUCGACUCGCUCACCCUCAGAUAUGCAGAUUUCUUCUUUGGGGCCCAUAUCGGUUUCACAGUCAGCACUUUGUACAUAUUUGGUACCACCGUCAACAUGGCUAUCGGUCAAUCCACUUUUAGGCAAAGGGCAGCUGCUUUAUGGUGGGCGCUCAAAACCCAGUGCAGCGUUGGCACAGGAACAAAUGACCUGAUGCCUGAAUCAGCUGACAUGGCCAAAAUUGUAACUGCAACUUGAUGUGAUCAUCAAUUUGUUCAUUUUUAAUAAUCUGUGUGUUUUGCUGUUCUUUAAUUCACAUGUUCAUAUUGCCAGCAACUUAUAUUGUAUGUACUACUUCAUUUGCAUGCUGGUUGGAGUUUGUAUGCUAGUCUCACCACUUCUUUCAUCAUCUACUAUAGUUUCCAGUCAAAUGUAUUAAAAGUGAUGCUCAUGCUAACAUGUGCAAAGAUGUCAUUCCUUUGGAACAAUGGCCACUAUUGAGUUGUUUUGCCACCAAGCAGGUGAAUGACCUAUUGACGAUCACUCACCAGCCAUGCAGGGCACAUGAAGAACAACCCUAUAGUGACCAGCACCAGGGACAUAGGGAGAUUCAACAUCUAUCUCUGUCUGUUAAAACUUAUGAAGCCGUUCAGACGAAAGCUGAUCAAACGUCUUCAACAAACAAGAAGAAUCCAUUUGCCUCGAUUCAACCUUUGUGGACUACCAUGACCUGGCUAACUGAGAAUAUACACAAAAAUAAAGAUCCCACUGUGUCAUCUGUAGUCCAGACAGCACUCACUCAUCUGCGUAUGACCAAAGAUUGUGUCACAAACGGAAAGGCUGGCGACAUGUUUUCCAUGUUCUGUGCAUCAUGAGGUAGCUCGACCUGUGGAGGCAACGCUCCAUUGAUAUUCCUUCCUACAUGGCAGCCUAUUAUGCAUAUUAGGGUUCUAGUACAUUAACGCUGGUCCCUUGCUUUCCGUGUGAGGUUGUCCAUCACCAGGUGCAUGUGUUGGACACAGGUGCUCACACUUUGAGAAACUUCUACAGAAACUUCUACUGUCCCUCAUCAUCUUCAUCGUCUUGUCAUUUUCUGCCUCUUCAUGAAUAUAUUUUUUGUGUUUUGCAUGGGAUGCCCACAAAGCAACGAUAAAGGACUCAAGCAGCCUUCGAAUUUACUCUUGGAGUUUCUUACCUGGUGCUCCAUUUUAUAUCUGAUCUUCUUAGUGAUGAACUUGUUCUUGUUGACUUGGAACUUCAAGACUAUACACAGUACUGUAGCAUUCAUUGCAGUUCUUUGUUGAUAACAGCAUGAGCGGCUAUGUUUGGCUCACCUUGUACUACUUCACCCAGAUUGCCCCUGCACCGCGCGCUCUGUUCAUUUGGCUUAGGAGGAACAUCAAGGUGAUCAUUUUCAUGGCUGUUCUCUUUGAUAUCCUGUUUUUCCAUUAAUGGUACGCUUUUGAGAUUGCAGAGUUAUUAGUUAACCAGCCUCUGCUGAUCAAUGACAACCACACUCUGAGCGGGAUACCGAUUUACCGCAGUUGAGCCUUUUAAACUCUGUUGGUUUCAUUGUGACCAAGGUUUACAUGAUGGCCGUUUUAUGUCUCAUGAUUAUUUCAGGCUUUACCACCCUCCUAUACCUCCACGGUCACAUGAGAAAGCUGGGGAAGAGUGGCAUUUCAGUCUCUGCUUCAAGACUGCAGAGUCAGUUAAGAGUCACUGUGACCGGAAUAUGUGUGAGUGUUUUCUUCUUCAGCUGCGUGACUUUUAAUUUUGUUGACUCGCUCACCUUGAAAUAUGCAGAUUUCUUCUUCGGCGCCCAUACUGUAUGAAUUUCACAGUCAGCAUUUUCUACAUACAGUCAUGGAAAAAAUGAUUAGACCACCCUUGUUUCUUCAGUUUAUUGAUCCAUUGUAAUGCCUGCUACAACGAAAGGUACAUUUGUUUGGACAAAUGUGAUGAUGAUAACAAAUAUAGCUCAUAAGAGUUGAACUUAAGAGCUGAUAUCUAGCAACUUCCAUGGUUUUCUUGAUAACCAAAAUCACUUAAGCUCUUACAUGAAUAGCUAUAGCAUUGUACUGCCGAAAAAUGUAACUCCUAUGAGCUAUUUUUGUUGUCAUUGUUAUAUUUGUCCAAACAAAGUUACCUUUAGUUGUAUCAGGCAUUAAAAUGAACAAGAAACUGAAGAAACAAGAGUGGUCUCAUAAUUUUUUCCAUGACUGUAUUUGCUACCACUGUCAACCUGGCUGUCAGUCAAUCCACUUUUAGGUAAAGGGCAGCUUCUUUAUGGCGGGUGCUCAAGACCGUGUGCCGCUUUGGCACGUUAACAAAUGACCUGAUGUCUGAAUCGGCUGACAUGGCCAAUACUGUAACUGCCACUUGAUGUGUGCAGUGUUAUGCUUUGCUUCUGUCUUAACACUGCAACACCCAUCCAUCCAUCCUUCCAUCCAUCCAACCAACCAACCAACCAAGAACGAGCUGGAGCCUGUCCUUCCACCUGUCAAUCACAGAGCACAUACACACAAACAACCUUUAACACUCACACCUAUGGGGCGGGGGGUUACCAUUCCAUACACUAGUCUUACUCAUGGUGUAUUUUUAAAGAAAGAGCUAAAAAAAACCAUCACACAGCAACGUAAUAGGUAGAUGACAACAGAGAAGACACUACCAACGAGUAAUACAGAAUAACCAACGACUGUGGGAGCUGUAAACAUUUACAGUAACUUAGCGGCUAUUUACAGCAGUACAGGAAAGCACGGUGGGAAACCGGCACAAGAAACACAAAUGUAUUCUUAUAUCAAAUAUGUAAUACAUGAAUUAUCUACUCAGAGAUGGGUGGAGUAGCCAACAAAACAACCACACUCAUUUAAGAGCAUUGUUACUUUACAACAAUUUUACUUAAGAAAAAGAUAUGUGGUGUUACACAUCGGUAUCGGUUGAUAUCGGAAUUGGAAAUUGAGAGUUGGACAAUAUCGGUUUUCGGCAAAAAAGCCAAUAUCGGACAUCCCUAGUAUUGAUAUAUGUAAUCUUCUUUUGAUCCGUGUGCACAAUGGAACCUCGGUUUUCAUUAAUUUGUUCCAAAAGGUCAGAUAAAAACCGAAACACACGGAAACUAAAGUAACUAACGUCUUUCACAGUGACGUGCGGUGAGGUUCGUGGCUGGUGAGGCACAGAUUCCUUUGGAUUUUGAUUUAUUUUUGAUACAAUUAAAAUUCCCGUGCUUUAAUCACUGUUAAUACAGGUUGCUCAUGAGGAAAGAUAGGACAACUGAUGGUAGGAACACUCUCCGGUAAUACUAAUAUUCAGUCCCAAACUUUCAAAACGACUGCCCGCAAAAUGUGCCAAACAUAAUACCGAAGAAUUUGACGUGGUGGAUGGCGUCUUUUGGAAAUGCAAACAGGCUUACGCCGCCUGCUUGAGUCAGCAACAACAGAAAGUCAACAAAAAUUGCACCACAUCAGUAUGUAAUAGGAUGUCAAUCAGGAUGGUAAGGUUCUCGAGGAAACGUCGCUUACUCCCUCUUCUCCAGUCUCUGGAAGAAAACUGAUUUUCUGACGAGAACACACCUAACACGGGCACUAUGCCUUUCCAUGUUAUUCAGAACAAGAUUAACACAUGUUCUGGUGACACGAGCACUUUAUUGUCACACUGACUUGCUAUGAUUAUGAGACCUCUUGUCUCCAUAACAAGUCCUCCACAUGCUUAUUACCUGAUUCACUCAGUCCCUUUAUAUUACGGGGAGAUCACCCCUCCCCUUACUUAUGUUAUCUCCUCUAUUAACUAAGGUUUCAGCGUGAAUACUCAGACAUUUUCUCUAGAAGCCGUCUGUUCAUGUUGUAUCGAAUUGUCUCCAUGCAUGCAAGUGUUAUUAAAUUUUACCUCUCAUUAUUCUCAAAGCACUUGUCUUGUUUCUUGUUUAUUUCCGAGCCAGCAGGAGAUUUUCCCUUGACAAGCGGUAUGGAAAGUACUGUAUGAGCGGACAUACAGUACAGGGGUCGCCAACCCGUCAAUCUUUGGGACUUUGCCGGUCGAUUGCAAAAAUAUUAGGAAAAAUAAAUGUACCUUGUGUAGAUUUGCUUAGUAUACAACAUGGAUGCCAGGUGUCUUUUUGCCUAAUUUCACACUAAUAUGCAGUUUUUGCAUAACCGAAUUUGCAUGAUGCAAAUAUGUCAUAUAUGUUGCAAUGUUCAGUGUGUACGUUACUUUCAGUGAGAAGUGA